AUGGCGCCGCGAGCUUCUCCCAAGCCAGCUGUCUCUGGCAAGCAGACUACUCUCGGGCCUCACCCAAUCAGAAGCGGCAGCGCAAAGUCGACGACACCCUCCGCCGGUGCGACCGCCCGCAAACAGCGCUCAGCAGCAGCCACGCAAGACGCGUCGGACGGUCGCGUCGAGACCGACGUUCUCCUCGCCAUCUUGCCCGUACACCUCCGAAACAUUGCCAGCAGGCAAAAGAACCACGAGUACCGAAAGUACCGGUUGCAAGACGGCGUCGAGCGGCUGUGGUUCUACGAGACGCGCGGCACCAAGGAGGAUCCGGGCCGCGCCGCCAUCACUCACAUCGCGACCAUCCCCCCCACUACCCGCCACACGCCCGGCAACGUGCCGGAGGAGCCAGAGGGCAUCGGGAACGCCGAAUUCAACGCGGGCCUGAAAGUGUCCAAGUACGGAUAUCCGAUCCUGGGAAUGCACGAGCUCGUUAAGCCCGUCACACUGGAGGAGAUGAAGACGUCAUGGGGCCUGUCGGCCCCGAUGGGCUGGAGCUACGUGAGGAGGGGCCUCUGGGAGAGUCAAUGGGGCGACGAGGAGGGGCGGGAGGAGCGCCUGAAGCAGUUAUUUUGA